UUUUUCCUCAAUUUUUGCGCAGAAAACUUAACGCCUCGGUUAUGGAGAAGAAGGAGAUCAAUCAAAAACAAAAUCACCAACAAGGAUCAAGUCCACAUGCUGGAAAGAAGGCAAGCAAGAAAAAGCCUCACAACUCUGCCCUCCGCUGCCGCACCAACUCCAAUCUCGCGACGAAAACUUGUAAGGCUCAUGGGAAGAAGGGUACUGGGACAUUAAGGCGCAGGCUCAAAAAGACUGUGGUGGAGAAUAUGGAAGCCAAAACUGUGGAGAUGCGACGUGAUAGAGAGGGAAUUAUGGAAGUUGUAGCUACUGCAGAAGCGAUUAAACUGGAGCUGGACCUGCUGAAGAUUUCAAUUUACCAGCAUUCCCAUGACAUGCUUCGUACCUCAGAAGCAGUAGACAAGCUUGCAGAGAUUAUGCUACUUCAGCUUGAUUAAUUAGCUGAGGAAUGAGCAAAAACUGAUGCAUAAACCAGUUUACUUGUGUCUAUCCGGCGUGUUGAGUUUAAGGGGUGUGUGUGUUUUUUUUCUUUCUUUCUUUUUCUUUUUAGUGGUGUGUUAAGCAUGUGUGUGUGUGGUUUUUUUUUUUUUUUGGGUGACGGUGAGAGUGCUUCGGCUUGGUGACUGGUGUAAUUUUAAAAUAAAGGUUUUGUUUGACU